CUAGUGUAUGUUUUGUUUACUUUGCAUGUCAUCUGCUGCAACUACAACUAUCUCAACCAAAAUGGAGGACCCCACACUCGACGCCGUCGCACAAGUUACCCACAAGAAGCUUCAAGGCAAGGUGGCAAUCGUCACUGGCGGCGCCAGCGGCAUCGGCGAAGCCACAGCUCGCAAAUUCGCCUUGCACGGAGCACGAGCCGUGGUGAUCGCCGACGUCCAGGACGACAAAGGCCAAAACGUCGCUGCUUCGAUCGGCGGCCCCGACCGCUCCACGUACAUCCACUGCGACGUGACUGACGAGGAGCAAGUCAAGGGCUUGGUGGAAUCGACGGUCAGGAUCUACGGCAGCCUCGACAUCAUGUUCAGCAACGCGGGGAUCGGCAGCGCCUCCCAGCAGACUGUUCUGGACUUCGACCUGGCCUCGUACGACAAGCUCAUGGCGGUCAAUGUACGUGGGAUGGCGGCGUGUGUGAAGCACGCGUCCAGGGCGAUGGUGGAGGGGCGCGUGAGGGGGAGCAUCGUGUGCACGGCGAGCAUUUCGGCGAGCAUGGGGGGAUCGAUAUUCACGGACUACACCAUGUCGAAGCACGCGGUGUUGGGGCUCAUGAGGUCGGCGAGCGUGCAGCUCGGAGCGUACGGGGUACGCGUCAACAGCGUGUCCCCGGGACCGGUGGCGACGCCGCUGCUGUGCACGCUAUUUAAGGUGGAGGCGGAGGAGUUGCAGAAGAUGUUGGAGUCGCAAAUGGGGUUGAAAGCGCCGGUGGCGGGGAAUAUGAUGUCGGUGGAGAGUGUGGCGGACUGCGUGGUUUUCUUGGCUUCGGAGGAGGCUGAAUUUGUGACUGGCCAUAAUUUGGUAGUGGAUGGUGGGUUUAAGACCUAGAGAUAAGAGAUACAUAAUAAGUGUUGUAUGAUAGUAUCUCAUCUCAGCAAUAACUUCAUCACUCAAUAAUUAUUAUCAAAUUAU